CGUUGCGGUAAAAGCCGCCAGAUGGCAGUUUAGGAUUUCUUCUCUCAGGAAAGGCGCGGUUCUGCUUCAGGUCUAAUUUACAAUAUAAAAACAUAAACUAUUUGGUGAAUUAAUCGCGCCAAUUAUUACUGAGGCGUGUCCCGGAGGACCCCUUUUAGCGGUUGAGGUUAUGUGGUCUGAAGCAUUCUGGGCCUGAACUGAAGAAUCGCAAACAUUCACGUUCUCACUGGGUGAUUCAUCUUUAGAAGUCUCCUAGUUUUGUCAGAAGACACAACAUGAUCAACUCAGACUUUCCUGUGUUGCAGGACGCGUCAAAUGACGGACAAGGCGACACUGUGAGUCUGAGCAUGAGCGUCAGUGAGCUGGAUGACUCUGGGGAGGGAAAGGGCAAGAAAAAGAGAGGCAGACCUGGAAAACAAGGAGCGGCUAGUAAGAAGGCCCGAAGGUCUCCGGUUGAUAAAGGUGGGAGGAGGCCGAAUGGAGUGGCCCAUCAGAAUGGAGAAGGCACAGACCCCAGCACUCUGUUUGAGGUGGUCAAACAAGGCAAAAGUGCCAUGCAGUCCGUCAUUGAUGACUGGAUUGAAGCUUACAAGCAAGACAGAGACCUUGCACUCCUAGAUCUAAUCAACUUUUUCAUUCACUGUUCUGGCUGUAAAGGCACUGUAAGGAUUGAGAUGUUCAGAAACAUGCAGAACGCUGAAAUUAUCAGAAAGAUGACAGAGGAGUUUGAUGAGGACAGUGGCGACUACCCUCUCACAAUGGCAGGGCCGCAAUGGAAGAAAUUCCGAUAUAACUUUUGCGAGUUCAUCAUGGUUCUGAUCCGUCAGUGCCAGUACAGCAUCAUCUAUGAUGAAUACAUGAUGGACACUGUCAUUUCUCUGCUCACUGGGCUCUCAGACUCACAGGUCCGAGCCUUCAGACACACCAGCACGCUGGCAGCAAUGAAACUGAUGACAGCACUGGUAAAUGUUGCUCUGAACCUGAGCAUCAAUCAGGAUAACACACAGAGGCAGUAUGAGGCCGAACGGAAUAAGGUGGCAGGGAAAAGAGCCAACGAGAAGCUGGAACUGCUGCUGGAGAAGAGGAAAGAGCUACAAGAAAACCAAGAUGAGAUUGAGAACAUGAUGAACUCAAUCUUCAAGGGUAUUUUUGUUCACCGUUACAGGGAUGCCAUAGCGGAAAUCAGAGCUAUUUGCAUAGAAGAGAUUGGCGUUUGGAUGAAGUUAUACAGUGAUGCUUUUCUCAAUGACAGUUACUUGAAGUAUGUGGGUUGGACGCUACAUGACAGACAAGGUGAAGUUCGGCUCAAAUGUCUAAAGGCCCUUCAGACUCUCCAGACUCUCAGAGAGCUUUUCCCCAAACUUGAGCUCUUCACCAAUCGGUUUAAGCCUCUCCUGUGUUUCUUAAGAUUUCUCUUUUAUGACUCUUUCUUCCAUCUCUCACAUCUUUCCACAUCCUUAAAUCUCUCUCAUCUAUCUUGUUUUUUUCCCUCCUCUAGUGGUAGUGAGGAUGCUCUGUCUAAUGAUGACUGUGAGAACGUCUACCAUCUAGUGUAUUCAGCUCAUCGUCCUGUUGCUGUAGCAGCUGGAGAGUUCCUUCAUAGAAAGUUGUUCAGCAGGCAUGACCCUCAGGCUGAAGAGGCUUUGGCGAAAAGACGAGGCCGAAACAGCCCUAAUGGGAACCUUAUAAGAAUGCUAGUGCUUUUCUUCCUAGAGAGUGAGCUUCACGAGCAUGCAGCGUACCUAGUGGACAGUCUGUGGGACAGCUCACAGGAACUGCUGAAAGAUUGGGACUGCAUGGUCGAGCUCCUGCUGGAGGACCCUGUGCAGGGGGAAGAGGUGUUGGGAGACCGGCAUGAGAACGCACUGAUCGAGCUCAUGGUCUGUACCAUCAGACAGGCAGCCGAAGCUCAUCCGCCUGUGGGCAGAGGAACAGGAAAGAGGGUGCUCACUGCCAAAGAGAAGAAGACACAGAUUGACGAUAAGAACAGACUGACUGAACACUUGAUUGUUGCUCUGCCCAUGCUGCUUUCGAAGUACCAGGCUGAUUCUGAAAAGGUGGCAAACCUCCUUCAGGUCCCUCUGUACUUUGAUCUUGAAGUCUACAGUUCAGGACGAAUGGAAAAGCAUCUGGAUGCCCUACUGAAGCAGAUCCGGGUGGUGGUGGAGAAGCACGCUGAGAUGGAGGUUCUGGAGGCAUGUAGCAAGACUUACAGCAUCUUGUGCAGUGAAGAAUACACCAUCAUGAACCGCGUGGACAUUGCUCGCAGCCAACUCAUCGACGAGCUCAUGGACAGAUUCGCUCACUCAGUUGAAGACCUGCUGCAGGAGGGUGAUGAAGCAGAUGAUGAUGACAUUUAUAAUGUUCUUUCAACGCUAAAGAAACUCACUGCUUUCCAUAAUGCACAUGACCUUACAAAGUGGGACCUUUUCAAAAAUUGUUAUCGAUUGUUGAAGAUGGGUAUUGAACAGGGCUCCAUGCCAGAGCAGAUUGCUGUCCAGGCUCUGCAGUGCUCUCAUUACUCCAUCCUGUGGCAGCUGGUGAAAAUUACUGAAGGAUGUCCAUCAAAGGAUGAUCUUGUGGCAUUAAGGAGAGUGGUGAAGUCUUUUCUAGCAGUUUGCCAACAGUGCCUGUCCAAUGUGAACACUCCAGUCAAAGAGCAGGCUUUCAUGUUGCUAUGUGACCUGCUGAUGAUUUUCAGUCACCAGUUGGUCACAGGCGGUCGAGAAGCUCUGCAGCCGUUGGUCUUCAACCCAGACAGUACUCUGCAGAAUGAACUGCUCAACUUUGUCCUGGAUCACGUGUUUAUCGACCAGGAUGAUGAAAAUCAAAGCAUGGAGGGUGAUGAAGAGGAUGAAGCCAAUAAGAUUGAGGCUCUUCAUAAGAGGAGGAAUCUGUUGGCCGCCUUUUGCAAACUAAUCAUCUACGAUAUUGUGGACAUGCCUGCUGCUGCUGACAUCUUCAAACAAUACAUGAAGUAUUACAAUGACUAUGGAGACAUCAUCAAAGAAACCUUGAGUAAGGCCAGACAUAUGGACAAGAUCCAGUGUGCAAAGACCCUAAUCCUCAGCUUGCAGCAGCUCUUCAAUGAGCUGAUCCAGGACCAAGGACCCAACCUGGACCGAACGUCCUCCCAUGUCAGCGGCAUUAAGGAAUUGGCCCGUCGCUUUGCCCUCACAUUUGGGCUGGACCAGAUCAAAACCAGGGAGGCCGUGGCCACACUGCACAAGGAUGGGAUUGAGUUUGCCUUCAAGGUCCCGAAUCCAAAAGGACCAGAGUACCCACCACCGAACCUGGCUUUCCUGGAGGUGCUCUGUGAGUUCUCCUCCAAACUCCUACGACAGGACAAAAAGACUGUUCAUUCCUAUCUGGAGAAGUUUAUGACGGAGUAUAUGAUGGAGAGAAGAGAGGACGUCUGGCUGCCUCUCAUCGCAUACAGGAACUCCCUUCUGACAGGAGGAGAUGAUGACCGACUGUCUGUCACCACUGGCGCCAGCUCUACCAGCAAAGCCAGCACAGUCCGCAGCAAAAGGGGUCGACCUCCACAGCACAAAAGACGACCGGAAGAAGAGAGUGUUGAGGGUUCAUGGGUAAUGCGUAAUGACACACUCCAGACACCAGGGGCCCUUCACACCCCACAGCUCACAUCCACUGUCCUGAGAGAAAAUCCCAGACAGGCAGUGGAUCACAUCCCAGACCAAGACUCGUCGGAACCAGGCUCCGAACCAGACUACAUGCACAACCCUCAGAUUCAGAUGUCAUGGUUGGAUCAGCAGAAGAUGGAGGAGGUGAACAGAAAAGAGAGAGGAGGGAUGAACUACAUGAAAUCACGCAGUGGUGGAGUGAGACAGCAGGUACGAGGCCUCAUGGAAGAUGACGCUGAGCCCAUCUUCGAGGACGUGAUGAUGUCCUCACGCGGUCAGCUAGAGGACAUGAAUGAGGAAUUCGAGGAUACCAUGGUGAUCGAUUUGCCGGCGUCGAGAAACCGGAGAGAAAGAGCUGAACUCAGACCAGACUUUUUUGACUCUACGGCCAUAAUGGAAGAUGAUGCUGGAUUCGGAAUGCAGAUGUUUUGAGAGCGAUUUCAGCCUCUGUGGGGAUCACAACCAGCAACCAACAAGAAUCACAUCUUAAAUGUUUAGUUUGUGUUUUAAUGGCAGUUUCACACAACUACGCAAGCAUGUCAGCUUCCUUCCUUAGUUUUGUGGUCGGCCAUAAUCCCAUUGUGAGCCUUUCCUGUCAGUCAGCAUUUCCUCAGUUCAUAAGGACCAAGAAAGCCUAUAAAAUCUGUAAUCUGCUGGUCUUACAUUGGUGUUAGGAUUUCAGCAACCUCAGCGGUAUCGGUUCCUGUGUUUCAUAUCCAGUGAUUUCUCCGAGCAGAUGUGGUUUAAUCAGACAUUGUUCGGACAGACGUAUUGUGACUCCACUGCUUUCUAGCUAUUUUAAGACUAUCACCCAUUCAUGUUCCGGUUUUGUUCAGGGUGAAAUUUAGAAAGCAUUCAUUCAUAAGUUAAAGCCGUAAUUAUUUUCUUUUCAGGUUUGUCCAGAAGUACUAUUGGCCUUAAUGUAUUAUGGCUUGAAUUUGGUGUUAGAUUACUUCAUUUAUCAGAUUAGUAAAAGCAAAGCCCACAUUUGUUCAGAAUAACUUUUUAAAACUAAAAAUGUUCAGAUAUAUGUGGAUAUUUGGAACUUGGAGGAAGUACACAGAAGUAUUCAUUACUUCAGACACUGGUCAUGUGUUUUAUACAAAACUUUUUGUUGAGGAACUUGUUUGUUCUCAUUUUAAAGACAUGUUUACCUCAUUUGUUUAGUCUGCUCAGUGAUUUACCUUUUUACUGUGCGUUUUUGGAAACAUUGUAGCUUUCACACAAUACUGUAUUGCUGUGAACAUUUAUUGAUCGUUUAUUGGGAUUUUAGGUCCAUCUGAAUAUCCACAGAGCAGGUUUUGAUAGAGCCUGUGUGGUGUUGAAGAGUGAUGUCAGAACCCUCGUUUAGACCGGUGCUUUUAGAUACAAAUCUGUUUUAAGACUCCGAUCAAACAAUGGGAUUGUCAUUUAUUUUAACCUUUUAACUGUUCAAACUUUG